AUGGCACCUUCUGUCUCCAAUUCCCAACGUUUCUCCACAAUCAGCGGGACAGCCUCCCUCGCUUUAUCCGACCACACGAUCUCCAGCGCAAUGACUGGCGAUAGCCGUCUGGCUGAAAUUAAAGAACUCGGUGCGGGUCUAGAACGUCUUGAGAACAAACCCCUCUCCAAACAGCGAUUUGUGCCUACAGCCGAGAAAACAGAUAAUCUCAACAAGCUCGCUCUGGGUGCGAAGGUCGAAACGUGCGCUAGGCAGGAGAAUGUCCAGCCAGGAUGCCAUCAUGCGCAAGCGCACUUCAGUAGAUGA